CGUUCUUUGACGGCACGUGUCGUCAAAUGAACCUGCAACCUCGUCGCGCCCUGAGAAUAAUAUCUCACCCUUCCAAUCCGAAGGGUUCCUCCAUCUCCUAAAUGGUCUUUAAGAGCUUCCACCUCGCGCGUCAGAGUCUUGCCAAAGGCUUCACCCACGGAUAUGCUCAAUCAGUAGUCCUCGUCUCCCAGAACAACCCGCUCGCCUCCCUCAACCAGGACCGGUUCCGCAAAGCCGGCGCAAAGCAGACCCAGCAUGCUUUUGCUUCGACAUCUACCACCAGCGCUAUAAAGGCGCUUGGUGGCUCCGAACAUCACGACUCUGGUCUAGCUGCCUACUAUGCCGCGUGGCAGAAGCACCAGCGCGUCGAGGACAAGGAGUGGUCGCAGUUCCAGUUCCGCAAGCUCAUUGAGUGGAAGCCUCAAUCGACGACCCCGCGAAGCCAGGUCGAGGCAAAAGAGUCGAAUGCAGUAAUCGAAGAGUCGGAUGAGCCGGUCGAGGCUAUCCCGGCGCGUGCCGGCGUCAGCCGCGCAUACAGCACAAGCCAGGUCGAUGACUUCAAGAAGGUUAUCGGUGACGGAAAGGCGGAGGAAAUUGCGCUCGCGCAAGUUGAUGAGGCGAUUGCAAAGGAAGCAGCUAAGAUCAAGGCCGAGAAUGAAGCCGCUGCGGCGCGGGUUGAGCAAGAAUUGUCUCCCAUCGAGGAGGCCCGAUCAGAGUCCCCUGCUACCGUGUCAGAGACUCUUGUGAAUUCCGCCACCCUGAGCCGCGUCGACUCAACCGUCGCCACGAGUCCCAUCGAAGCCUUCGACGAGCACACCAUACAGCUUCAGCGGCUCGUUGAAAAGCGCAGCUAUGCUGAGAUUCCCGCCGUCUUCGAGUCGAUGCUCCGCUCUGGCGUUCAGCCGUCGGUUACUGCAUACAAUGCGCUCUUGUCCGCUGCUAUCAACCUCCCAAAGACAAAGCAUCAAGUUGUACCCAAAGCCCUAGAUGUCUACUCUGAUAUGCUCCGCCGACGUGUCACCCCCGAUACUGCGACGUAUACCGCGCUUCUUGAACUCCUUUCCAAGCGAUCGCUGGAAGUGGUGUCCAUGAAGCAAGGAUUAGAGGAGAAACGACUGAGGUAUGGCGGAAUGGAAGAGGAGGGCCGGUUCAUGCUUCACUCGAAUGAGACCGAGUAUGCCAUCCUUUCCGAGGAUGGGUCCCUUGCGAUCGCCGCUAGACUUUUCGAUGCCGCCAUCAACGUCGAAUCUGGUCGCAGCUUCUCCGAGAAGACCUACCGUAUGUUGGUCACUGCUUGCGCUGAAGGCGAACGCGUUGAAGAUAUGGUGCGGAUCUUUGCACACAUGGAAUCUCGAAGCGUGAUUCCAGCGGCCGAUAUGUUUGUGCCUAUGAUCCACGCCUUCGGAAAAGCUGGCGAUCUGAGGAGUGCUGUAGAAUGCUACGACGAGUACAAGGCCCUCGCCAUUUCGCACGACAACGGAGACAUCCAGCUAUCCCGGAAGGACAACGACGUCUACGCCGCGCUAAUCCGGGCUUAUGCUAGCUGCGACCGAAUUGAGGGAGGACGAAAAUUCCUCUCCAAGAUCGAAAAGGCUGUCGCUGCUCCCGAGGAUGUCGCCUCGGUCCGUGACAUCGUCAGCUUGAAGGCUUUUGUGCCGGAGUGGCUGAAGAAGGGUGCUUUCCACGAAGCAUUCGCCCAUGCCGCCGAGGAACUAAGCCCGCCGGCACGUCACCUUGCAAUGGCAGCUAUCUGCAUCAAGGCAGCUGAUAGCAACGUCGUCGAAAUCGCCACCGAAGCCUUCGAUGCUCUUCCCGCCGAGAUGGAUCUCUCCCGUCCAGCUAUGGCUAUGGGGGCCAUGCACAUCCGCAACGGGAACAUUGAGGCCGCCGACAUCUUCUGGAGGAUGCUUGAACUUUCGCCGACCAAGCCCGACUUCAUUGAGCCUACCGCUAUGCAUAGCAUUGCUCUCAUCGGUAGUGGUCAAGCCGAGCGCGGCCUUCGCCAAGGUCGCCAGAUGUUUGCUCGCAUCCGCGACUCCCAGUCGGGCUCUAACCAAGCUAAGAUGGAGAUCGUUGAGCACAUCGACGAAGCCAUCGAGGUUAUGGGUCAGUUCAUGAUCAAGCGAGGCAUCAUUCUUCCACCACGUGCCAGCAUGGAACUGAUGUGGACUAUGAUUGAGAAUGGUGGCCUCGUCACCCCGGUCGCCCACCACUUACUUGUUGGUAUGGGACCUGAGGCUAUUGCUCAGCUCAGCUUCGAAGACAUUACGCUCCUCAUGCAAGUCCAAUCCGGAAUCAUUCUCAACACUGCCGAGGUUGAUGUUGCUCACGCCGCCCGAUUUUCCCAUCUACUUGAAGUCAUUACAUCGACAGGCGCGCCCGUGAACAAGACAACAUCCGGCCUUGUGGAGAAGGUUUUGGUCAAGCUUGAUCGAGGAGACCUCCAGCACCGCUGGUACAAUUACAAGCACCCGGCUCCGGAGCCAAUCUACUCUCCCGCACCAUUUGCGGCUUAUCCUGUUCAACAACCCGCGCCGGCUGCACCUACGUUCGAGGACUCCUACGAUCCGUAUGCUGCUACCACCGACAACAAGGGAUCAGUCACCAUCACCGAGCUGCUUGAGAAGACCCAUGGUCGAUCCGCUUCGCACCUCAAUGAGGCGUUGAUGAAGUUCAAGAACAUGCGCCGCGCAGGACGGCAUCCUCGAUUCUUCACCUACGCUAAGCUCAUCUCCGCUGCCGCCAAGGAAGACCGCUUGAAUCUCGCCCAUGACAUCCUCAAUCUCGCCAAGCAGGACGUUCCUCUGCUGCCCCAGUACCGCAUCGUGCGAUAUGGCUGGGUCACUAUUCUGGAUGCUAUGGUUGCCGCCUGCCUGACUACCGGUCGACGCGAUCUCGCUGCCCAAUACCACCAGGAUUUGCUCGAUAUGGGUGCUGCUCCUACGGCUAACACUUUCGGUCUGUACAUCACUACGCUCAAGGAGUCCACGAAAACCUUUGACGAGGCCACCGAAGCUGUCAAGAUCUUCCUCCGCGCCAAAGCCGAAGGUGUCGAGCCAUCGUCCUUCCUCUACAACGCUCUGAUCGGUAAACUUGGAAAGGCUCGCCGCAUCGACGACUGCUUGUUUUACUUCUCUGAAAUGCGCAAUCUCGGCAUUCGACCUACCAGUGUCACCUACGGCACUAUCGUUAACGCACUCUGCCGCGUCAGCGACGAGAAGUUCGCCGAGGAGCUCUUUGAAGAAAUGGAGAGCAUGCCCAACUACAAGCCCCGUCCUGCGCCGUACCACAGCAUGAUGCAAUUCUUCUUGACCACUAAGCGCGACCGUAGCAAGGUUCUGGCCUACUACGAGCGCAUGCGUUCAAAGCGUAUCGAGCCAACUACGCACACGUACAAGCUCCUGAUCGAUACCUACGCCACGCUUGAACCGGUCGACAUGGAAGCUGCCGAGAACGUGCUUGAGCAGAUCCGUCGAGCCGGUGCCGUUCCUGAGGCCGUUCACUAUUCGUCUCUGAUCCACGCCAAGGGCUGCGUCCUCCACGACAUGGAAGGCGCGCGGAAGCUCUUCGAUACCGUCCUCGCCGACACCCGCGUCCGCCCUCAGGCGUGCCUUUACCAAGCGCUCUUUGAAGCGAUGGUUGCCAAUCACCAGAUCGCCGACACUGAGGCCGUGCUCAAGGACAUGCGCGCCCGUGGCGUCGAGAUGACUCCCUACAUCGCCAAUUCUUUGAUCCACGGCUGGGCCCUCGUGCACAACAUCGAGAAUGCAAAAACGAUCUACGAGUCCGUGCCCGAACACAAGCGCGAGCCCAGCACUUACGAAGCCAUGACGCGAGCCUUCAUGGCCGUCGAGGACCGCGCAUCUGCCAUGGCAAGAUUCUCGAGCUCGUGGGAGGUGGCCGUGCCGCUCCCGCUGCCGAUGCCGUUGCCUAAACGCGAUGCAUCACUUUCGUUCCGAUUUACUUCGAUUCGCAUAUGCCUCAGUUUUAGAACAUCUCGUUUGCAUAUCUCCUUUGUAAUCUCGCUUUUUUCGCAACGGCCACCACCAUACCAAACCAUUUGCCCCUGCAUAUACGCACCUCGGACGUUUUCGCGAUGCCCUCCGAUGACGUGCUCGCAGCUGGGCACCCUCCUUCCCUUUCCCUUCGACCUGCGUGUUUUCAAAAGAAAAGUCGCUUUUGCAUGUCUCUCUUUCCUUUGUAAAAGCGACGGCGUUUCUGGCAAACCUGGGAGAUAUCCGCGUAAUCAAUCGCACGGGAGCUGGUGGGCCGGCGGAUAUUGGCUGGGUGGGAUGUACCAUAGAGAAGUGAAGGGAAAGGGUUGCUGUUUUGGUGUUUUCGAAGGUGUGUCUGGGUUAUUUGCAUUGCCGCGCGCUGUUCUUGAUGUUACGACGUGUACAAUACCCUGGAUAUACCAUCUCCUCUCUAGACAGGUUGGUGGCUGGGCGGUUGGCGAAGGUCUGCAUACGGCUUGGGGGUUUGGGCCUGUGCGGAUAGUAUAUUCAGAAAGGAAAUACAAAACAUUGUAAUAUUAUGCCUGUCCUCCCGUCUUUCUUGUGUUGGAUCACCGAUGGCGAUUAGAGCUACUAAUCCUGAAAACAAACACGCCUUCGCAAAUAUCUAUUCGAACUUUUGUUGGAUGUAAACACCUAGUACGACCUCGGCAAUAAAAAUGC